AUGCUGUCAACGAUAGGAAACCCACGGCAGGCUGCAACGCAGCUCCUUAACUUUGCCUUAAUCCUUUCGACGGCCUUCAUGAUGUGGAAAGGCCUGUCUGUCAUUACCGACUCUCCAUCGCCCAUUGUCGUCGUUCUCUCCGGCAGCAUGGAGCCCGCGUUUCAGCGCGGUGACCUACUCUUCUUGUGGAACCGCAACAUCUUUUCCGAGACGAACGUGGGCGAGAUUGUGGUAUACAAUGUGAAGGGGAAGGAUAUUCCAAUUGUGCAUCGGGUGGUUAGAAAGUUUGGCACAGGACCGGAUGCAAAGCUUCUCACCAAGGGCGACAACAAUGCAGCAGAUGACACCGAGCUCUACGCUCGUGGACAAGACUAUCUGACUAGGAAAGACAUCGUUGGGAGUGUCGUGGGCUAUGUCCCGUUUGUGGGAUACGUCACUAUCAUGCUGUCCGAGCACCCAUGGCUCAAGACAGUAAUGCUAGGAUUGAUGGGUUUGGGGGAGAGUACGUGGAAUCCUACGGAACUGAUUCUUGGUCUGUCGGGCACACCGGCUUUACUUGCUAUGCUGAUGACAUUGAUCGACUACUCCGUUAUGUGGAGGUCGAAGCUCCGAAAAGCCGCUAACCCAGGAGUUGGCAUCGCCAUUCAUCUCCUUACCUGGUUUAUCGACUCCUUUGCGAUCUGGAUUGUCAGCUCUUACACCGAUACUUGGUGUGAUGAAGAGGGAUGCAUCUAUCACUAUCCAAUCAAGAAUACCCACAAGCUCGGUGCUCGCAGUAUCCUCUACCUGAAAGUUCUUCUGGCCUUCGAUUGCCUCUUGGGCGCCAUUUCCUUCAUCCUUUUUGUCGGUUGUUGUGUCGAAACACACCUUGUCAAUAAGGCCAAGGACAGGCACAGGAAGACUCCACUGUUGGUAUAUGUGCCGUGCUCAGACUCGGGGUUCGUACAAGGGCCUAAUUUUUGGCAAGUCAAAUCGGCUGUUGACAAUGGCCCUAUUCGUCUUCAGCCCGCACUGAUUUACGGAUGGGGCAUCAUGAAGGAGGCCUCCAACUCGGCUCAACAGAAGGGCUCGCAACAGGCCAUCCCGGGGGUGUUGUAUGGUUAUCCUGAGCCUGUUGCUCCUCCCGCUUUAAAGGGCAAUAACGCUUUGUAA